CGGGUGGCUCCUCCAGGCCUGGAAGGCCGCGGGGGCCUGCAGAGGCCAGGGCGGGGCAGGCGGCGGAGCCGGGCCGCCCCCUUCCAAUGGGGGCGGGCCGGACGCGCCUUUAAAUGCGGCGGGGCCCGCGGCCCGAAGAAGCCGGCCUAGGGAGCGCCCUUCUCGCGCCCCUGCGCCCGCCCGAGCCCGAGCCGCGGUGCGUGUGGCCGCGCGCGCCCCCACCCCACCCCGUCCCUCCGCAGACGUGCCCCCGGCCGGUCCCCCACGCUGCCGCCCGCCACCGGCUGGUCCGCCAUGCAGGCUCGGGCGCUGCUCCUGGCCGCGCUGGCCGCGCUGGCGCUGGCCCGGGAGCCCCCGGCCGCUCCGUGUCCCGCGCGCUGCGACGUGUCGCGGUGCCCGAGCCCCCGCUGCCCCGGCGGCUACGUGCCCGACCUGUGCAACUGCUGCCUGGUGUGCGCCGCCGGCGAGGGCGAGCCGUGCGGCCGGGCCCUGGACUCGCCGUGCGGGGAGAGCCUGGAGUGCGCGCGCGGCGUGUGCCGCUGCCGCUGGGCGCACGCUGUGUGCGGCACGGACGGGCACACCUACGCCAACGUGUGCGCGUUGCAGGCGGCCAGCCGCCGCGCGCUGCAGCUCUCCGGGACGCCCGUGCGCCAGCUGCAGAAGGGCGCCUGCCCGUCGGUGCAGGUCUCCACCAGCUGACCAGCCCGAGGUAUAAGUUCAACUUCAUCGCUGACGUGGUGGAGAAGAUCGCGCCUGCCGUGGUGCACAUAGAGCUCUUCCUGAGGCACCCUCUGUUUGGCCGCAAUGUGCCCCUGUCCAGUGGCUCAGGCUUCAUCAUGUCAGAGGCUGGCUUGAUUGUCACCAAUGCCCACGUGGUGUCCAGCAGCAAUGCAGUGUCAGGCCGGGAGCAGCUCAAGGUGCAGCUGCAGAGCGGGGACACCUAUGAGGCCACCGUCAAGGACAUUGACAAGAAGUCAGACAUUGCCACCAUCAAGAUCCGCCCCAAGCAGAAAAAGCUCCCAGCGUUGCUGCUGGGCCGCUCGGCAGACCUGCGGCCUGGCGAGUUUGUGGUGGCCAUCGGCAGCCCAUUCGCCUUGCAGAACACAGUGACCACGGGCAUCGUCAGCUCAGCCCAGAGGGACGGCAAGGAGCUGGGCCUCCGGGACUCCGACAUGGACUACAUCCAGACGGACGCCAUCAUUAAUUACGGGAACUCCGGGGGACCGCUGGUGAACCUGGACGGCGAGGUCAUUGGCAUCAACACACUCAAGGUUGCAGCUGGCAUCUCCUUUGCCAUCCCCUCAGACCGCAUCGCAAGAUUCCUCACGGAGUUCCAGGACAAGCACGUCAAAGGGUUUGGGGUUCAGAGGCUUCUGGGGGACUUUCAAGACUGGAAGAAGCGCUUCAUCGGCAUACGGAUGCGGACCAUCACGCCAAGUUUGGUGGACGAGCUAAAGGCCAGCAACCCAGACUUCCCGGUGGUCAGCAGCGGGAUUUAUGUCCAAGAAGUUGUUCCUAAUUCACCUUCUCAGAGAGGGGGCAUCCAAGAUGGCGACAUCAUUGUCAAGGUCAACGGGCGUCCCCUGGCAGACUCGAGCGAGCUGCAGGAGGCCGUCCUGAGCGAGUCCCCUCUGCUGCUGGAGGUGCGGAGGGGGAACGAUGACCUGCUCUUCAGCAUCGUGCCCGAAGUGGUCCUGUGAGGGUGGGGCCCCCCCUCCAUCGCCAUUGCCAGGGCCUGCGGCCAAGAACAGGUGCCAGCUGAGUGGUUCCGUGUGGAACUGCCACCUCCCGCGGGGUCAGGACGAAGGGCCACAGUCGGUCCUCAGCAGAGCCAGCGGCCUCCUCCUGGCCGUCCAGGGGCAGAGCCCCAGGCUGGGCCUGGGAAGGAGUCCAUAUCUCAGUCUUGGGGAGCAUCAGCUCCCCUACCACAGUGCGCACAGAGGUAGCCCAACGUCCCCUCGGACGAAUGCUCCCAGUUCUCGGGGUACCUGGAAGCCUCCUGUAGUUCCCCGGAAGUCCCGCCCUCUCUUCCUUCUCCCUGCCUUUGCACCUGUCCGUACCUCUGUCCAAAAUGCCCACCCUCCACUUCGACCUCACCUGCUCAUGGCAGCUCCCAAGCCCCUUCUUUCCCAAGAAUACCUCCCUGGCCCCCUGGACCCAGUGCCCGCCAUGCUGAAUGCCCGGGGCCGUCUGCCCGGAGCCCCUGGAGGGUAGACCAUGUCUGAGCCCCCAAGGCGCGGACCCUGAGGGGAGGUCCCCUGGCUGUCCAGCCGAGCCCUGCUGCUGCUGAUGAGGCCCGCCUCCCCAGGCAAGGAAGAAGCCCGCAGGCAGCAGGGGGUGUCUCUGCUUUUCUUCCCGGAGGGGACCAGGGGCAGCAGGCAGAGGAAGCAGGGGCCUUCCGGGGAGGAGUCUGCAGGACUGACCGGCUCACCUCUGCUGUGUCCUGGGCAGAGCAGCUCUCACGGGAUCCCCCCCAGGGCCGCAGGGGAAGGCGCCUCCUCUCCCAGCUGGGAGCACGCGUGUCUCCAUGUGUAUCUGUGAGCUUCCCUGUACAAUCCAUUCCCGUGUUGCUUGUACUGUACGUUUCUCUACUGUAUGGAAAUUAAAGUUUACCAGCACGUGGUCCUUGGAA